UGGAGGGCUGCAUAUCUCUCAAUUUAUUACACAAGUGGAAUUUGGGGCCUUCCAAUGAACGUCAACUUGCAGCUCCUGUUGUCGAUCGUGGUGUUCACAGUCCUGACUUUCCUGAUUGGAAUCGCUGGUCUGCUUCAGAAGAUGGCGAGCGGCAAGGAUGUUGGUGCCUCGACAUCAAACACAGGCGUCCUACAGUUCGCAAGUCAAGCAUAAUUCUGCUUGUCGUUUCUUUUGUUUGUUGUAAGGCGUCCAAAAGGUGAUACAGCUUGAAUAACAUUUGAUGCCUCAUAGAACAUGUAUCAUCUCUCGAUAAUAAAUUCCUCACAGUGGUAUGUUUC